AUGGAGAUGCAUAUUGCUGCCUGCGACAAAUUGGGGUACCUAAUCGGUGACACUCUGCAGCCUUCUAAGCUCUCCUCCACCUAUAGCAAAUGGUGUACAGAGAACUUUCGGGAAAUUGAUCAUUGCACUCCCAAUCGCUUGCACUGCGACGCUGACGUGACUGAGCGCCAGAUAGAACUGGAUCGUCUUCAUGUUCACAUUUUUCUUGCCGUUCUCGACCCUGAGUUUGAUCAAGUUCGAGGGGAAAUCCUACUCAAAGAUCCAAAAUUAGACCUUGACCAAACCUUUGCAUAUGUAUGUCGCGAAGCUCAACAACGACUGACCAUGGCCAGUGUUCCGGAAACUGUUGUCAUGGUCACUCAACGUCAAUGGGGCCCUCAGAUAUCUACCGAUGGUUCUUCUCAGACUAAGGUCAUAGGCUCUCGUCUGGAGCAUAAAUUCACUCACUGUGGUGGAAGCAAACAUUCCCGUGUUGGCUGUUACAAAUUGAUUAGGUACCCGAAUUGGUGGGAUCACUCCGAAACCCCCCGCAAGAAUAGUAGCAAAGCACUCAACACAUCUUCUGACUCAGAUCCUGUAAGUCCUGCUAUUUCAAUUACAUCGGCUCUCGCCUCUACAUCUGUAGCCACAACAGGUACCCAAGGUUAUGUUUUACAUAGUUCUUCAAAGAAACACACAUGGAUCAUUGACAUCGGAGCCACUGAUUAUAUGACCUUUGAUCCUGGACAAAUUGCCUCUCAUGCACCGCCUCCUCAAUUGGACAUUCUCAGCAGUAAGACGAUUGGUUGUGGUACUAGUAGGAGCAAACUCCAUUACCUAGACUUGGCAUCUGAUAGUGCAGCCAGCAUUAGUCAAGCUUACAAAAUUUGGGGUGCUAGUGUUGAGAAGCACAUUGCCGAAGUAUGGUUAUAG